AAACAUAACUGAUUGAGAAACAUAACAGAAGAGCUACCUAAUAGGAAAAAAACAAUUCUAAAUAGUUCAUUAUUGGAUGUCAACAUGAAAGCAGGAAUCUAUAUACUUCUCUUAAGUGAAAUAUGUUUUGAAUUCAUCCGGGCUGAUAUCAAACCUAAAUUUCCAAUGGUAGAAAAAGAGAGUAAUUUCUUGGAAAGAAAUGACAUCAGUAUUUCCAAAGAGUGGUAUCAUCACAAAAAUAUCUCUAAGCCUUUUGAACACCAAGGUUUUGAAGACCAAGGUCUUGAAGAUUUCACUCUUCACAACUUCACUGAAAGGACCACAAAUUUUGGAUUUAACCUCUACAGAAAAAUUGCAAUGACACAUGAUAACAAUGUAAUCAUCUCUCCAUUUUCUGUGUCAGCUCUCAUGAGUGUCUAUAUGAUGGCAACCAAAGGAGAAACACACAGACAAAUUGUAAAAGGUCUAAACCUCCAUGAUGUGAAGGACAGAGUGGAUAGCCAACAUUUACCAGCUUUGUUUAAACAACUGACAGGUAACAUCACAAUGAAUGAAGAAUUUCUCCUCAUGCGAGGUGUUCUUUCUUUUAUUCAAAAGGACUUCAAACUCAAGGAGUCUUUCCUGAAUUUAUCUAAGCAGUACUUUGAUAUGGAAUUCCUGAAAGUAGACUUCGAAAACUUAACACAAACAAAACUUUUCAUCAAUCAAAAAAUUAACAAAAUGACAAAAGGAAAAAUCUCAAAACUUUUUGAAGAGCUGGACCGCCAUAACAGAGUGGUGCUUGUGGACUACAUUUUCUUUAAAGGCAAGUGGGUCUAUCCAUUUAAUUCCAAAUUCACGGAAAUUGAGACUUUCCACAUAAACAAAUACAGAAGCGUACAGGUACCCAUGAUGUUCAAGUCAGAUAAAAUUAAUUCCACUUUUGAUGAGAACUUAAGAUGCACUGUGAUAAAGAUACCUUACAAAGGGAAUGCCCACAUGCUGAUUGUUAUCCCAGAAAAAGAGGGAGACUACAUUUCAAUUGAAGACCAUUUGACUGCAGAGCUUCUGGAAUCCUGGCUUGGAAGCAUGAAAUCCAGAAAAGUGGAUAUUUCAUUUCCAAAGUUUAAACUAGAGCAAAAAUACAAAAUGAAGAAACUGCUUCAAAGUCUUGGAAUUAAAAAGCUUUUUACGCGUUCAGCAGAUCUUAGUCACCUGACAGAUCACGAAUAUGUAGCGGUUUCACAGGUUGUCCAAAAUGCAGUUAUUGAAGUGGAUGAGGAAGGAACUGAGGCUGCAGCAGCAAGUGGCUCAGAAAUAACAGCAUUCACAGUGCCUCCUGUCAUCAAAGUGGACCGGCCAUUCCUUUUCAUGAUUUUUGAAGAAACUUUUAAAACAUUACUGUUCAUUGGCAGGGUGGUUGAUCCAACAGAAAUGUGAAUAAAGGUAAUCGUUUCUAUUCUUUGGUAUGUAAGAGGCUUUAUUUUUAAUAAUUUAGUUUAUAAUAAAAAGACAAUUAAAUGUGAAAUGUGAAAAUCUGUUCUGUCUCUCCUAGCUAGCACCAGGUAAUCCUAGCAAUAUUUUAUUAAUGCCACAAAACAAGCUAACUUCAUUAAGGCUCAAAGCAACAAAAAUGUGACUUGCAAAAUCUACCUCUGGUAAAAGAAAACCCAACAACCACAGAAGAAAUUUCUAAAAUCAGUAUUUUAGUGAUAAAUCUGAAUAAAAAGCCUCAUUCAAAUGCCAAAAUAUUCAGGAAGCUCAUUGCCAAACACUGCAGAUUCCUCAACAUUUUCUUCUGUUACAAAGAGACUGAAGAGCCCAAUGACCUCAGUGUUAGCAGAAUUUUGCCAGUUAUACAAACAGAAGCAGUAUCAAGUCCUAAAAGAGAAUUUACAACCUUUGUCUAGAGAUCUUUAUUACUGUAGAAAAUAAGUCUAUCAUGAAGUCUGUGUUGUGAGUCUGACCUCUUUCAAAGCAUUUAUGCAGACUAUCAAAUCACCUCAUUUUCUCAGAGUACAUGAUGUGUCUUCAAAAUAUUCUUUGAAUUUAAAAAAAAUAGUUCUGAAGAAUAACUUAGGUAUUCUGAUUUUAAAAAAUCUGGCCUGUACUGUUUCUUAGCACAAAGCUAGCCCUCUCCUAAUCUCAGAACUUCUGCUGUAAUAUCAUCUAGACACCAGGGUGAACUUUGUAACAGGACUCUGUAACUGAAAUAAGGUAGACUUUGGUAGGAUAAAACAUACGUCCAUUAGAGUGUAAUAAAUCCAUUUACAGAGUUGAUCCUAAAGUCCAAAGGUGUUGCCAUAAUGUUUCAGAAAAAUAUUUCAGAAAUAUUUUCAGAAAAAUAUUUCCAUGAUCUAACAACAAUUUCCUUUAUUUGAGUAGAGCAGUGCAUCCAACAGAAUUACAAGAUCCUAACAUUUAAUAGAUUUUAAUUAGCAGAGUCCUAUCUACAAAGUACAAAACAAUGCAAAAAGCCACUUCUAGGUUUAUGUAAAUAACAGAUGUCAGCAUAAUUCUGCUUGCUCAUACAACCUUCACAAAAUAAUUGCCCAAAAAGGAGCAGGAGACUUUUCAAAAUCAUUUGGCAAGGAACUUCACAGGUGUCUAUCAGUAAACACAAGAUACCUCUGCUAGAGAAGAUACAAAAGAUACCUUAUAGGAUAAAACUGGUAAAUCUCUAAAGAUCACCUCAGUCACCAUUUGGUGUCUGCCCACAAGAGCCCAGACACUGAUGUACCCCACUCACCAAAGGACUUAGGAGGCAGGCUCUGCUGGCUAGACUAUGAAGGUGCAUCUAACAUAGCUCCAGAUUGCAUUUAAUGAAUCCAGAAAGAGAAUCACUCCUUCUGCCACUUGUCUAUAUGAAAAACAACAAAUGUCACUGCACAGUUGACCUUCAGCUGUUAUUCCAGCACGUAUAAACAGUGCUCUGAAGGGUUCAAAUGCAUUGGUGCUGUCUAACAGAACUAACCCAGAAGUAAGUGGCCCCUAAAAAGACUGCUUGGAUGGAGGUCUGCAGUGCAAAGGAGUGAUGAAAGUAGGCACAAGACACCAGAGGUAUUGCACAAGGAAAAUGACCAGUCCAAAAAUGUCUAAACAGAGCAUUUCAAGAUUACAUUGAAGGAAUUUCAGGUUAUUGAGCAGAGCACUGUUAUCAGCAUUAAAUAAAUGAAUCAGUUUAAAAUGACAGACAGCGACAGCCAAGAAGGAACAAAAGACAGACAGUUUACAGAACUCAUUACCUGCUUAUUAAGGGGAGAAAGAGCUUUAAUUUUCUGAACUUACUGGUUGUUCUGCAUUGCUCUGCAAGGCAUGAAAAGAGCAAACACAGUGUUGAGUCCUGCUCUACAGCUGGCUACUGAUGAUCUGAGUUUGGUGCUGCCAAAGGUCACACUGAGAACAGCCUGUGUCUCCUGCAGCUGUAGCUGGCACCUGGGCCAGCUGUGCCUGGGGAACCGGGGGUGUCUGCUCACAUCAGUGCAGAACCCAGGAGGAGCCAGCCCGGGUCAUCUGCACACCUCUAUCAAUACUGAAUGUUAAACAUCAUAAACUCAAAGAAGCUUUUAAAGAAAUCUGUGAUUUACAGGAUCCUAUCCCAGGCUGCAGAACAAACUGAAAAAUUAAGUAUUUCCAGAGAACCCAAAUAAUGCCUGUUGACUUAAGACAGAGAAUAUUGCUAAAUCUAACUGAGGUGUAGGAAGCUUAAGCAUUCAGAUAGUGCUUAAUCCAAAGAAACAUUCUGUACUUCACACAAGACAGCACACACCCAGCAUUAUUAGUAUUUUAAAUAAAUACCCUCCAUAGGUAAGUGCUUUUAUUAAUUUUAAUUAUAAAAGAUGCCCUGAGAAUUUUUCUUUCAAGAACAUGCAUGUACAGCAUUGUCCUAGGUUUUAUUUUGAGUAAAUCAUCAUUCAUGUUUUUACAUUAUAAAAAGUAACCACACUCACAUAUGCAUACACAGACCAGAUUAUCUUUAUCAUACACCAAUAAAUUUUAAAAACCAUACAUUUCUGAUAUCAAUAUAUUUAUGCUGCCUCCAUUUUGAAUAAGAAGCUGACAAUAGCUUCAUAAUCUCCCUCAAGUAUUGACAUAAAUAGAACUCUUCAAAAUAUGAUUGCAUGUUUUUCCACAUAAAUUUUGAUAGAAACAUUAGCAUUAAUACAAACAAAUGCAGAUGACAUCACUGAACCAUGACAGCUUGCAAUAGCAGCUGAUUAAAAACUAGAUUCAUUAUUAUAAAUUAUUA